GGGGGCGCACGAUGGACGAGACUAGCCCGCUGGUGUCUCCGGAGCGGCUGCAGGCCCCCGACUACGGGCUGCCGGGAGGGGCCGUGCGCGCCCCGCCGCCCGCCGUCCCCCCCCGCCCCCGCCGCCGUUCCGCCGCCACGCCUUCGCCUCCCGCCUCACCCGGCGGCCGCGACCGCGAGCGGCAGCCGCUGUUGGAGCGGGGGGCGCGGGGCCCGGCGGCGGCGCAGGCCCAGGCGCAGGCCCAGACGGCGGCGCAGGCCCAGGCGGCGGCGGCGGCGGCGCAGCGGGAGCGGAACGACUUCCCUGAGGACCCCGAGUUCGCUGAGGUGGUGCGGCGGGCCGAGCUUGCCAGCGAGCGCGGCAUCUUCCCCGAGCGCAUCUCGCAGGGCUCCAGCGGCAGCUACUUCGUCAAGGACCCGCAGGGGAAAAUCAUUGGUGUCUUCAAGCCCAAGAAUGAGGAGCCUUAUGGGCAACUGAACCCCAAGUGGACCAAGUGGCUGCAGAAGUUGUGUUGCCCAUGCUGCUUUGGGAGAGACUGCCUCGUCCUCAAUCAGGGAUACCUGUCAGAGGCGGGUGCCAGCCUGGUGGACCAGAAACUGGAACUCAACAUUGUUCCCCGCACAAAGGUGGUGUAUCUGGCCAGUGAGACCUUUAACUACAGUGCUAUUGACAGGGUGAAGUCCCGGGGGAAGAGGUUGGCCCUGGAGAAGGUGCCGAAGGUCGGACAGCGCUUCAACCGCAUUGGUCUGCCUCCCAAGGUGGGCUCCUUCCAGCUCUUUGUGGAAGGCUACAAGGAUGCUGACUACUGGCUGCGUCGGUUUGAAGCAGAGCCUCUCCCAGAAAACACCAACCGGCAGCUGCUGCUGCAGUUUGAGAGGCUGGUGGUGCUGGACUACAUCAUCAGGAACACAGAUCGGGGCAAUGACAACUGGCUCAUCAAGUACGACUGUCCCCUGGACAGUGUGGGUGUGCGGGACAGCGACUGGGUGGUGGUGAAGGAGCCCAUCAUCAAACUGGCUGCUAUAGACAACGGUUUGGCCUUUCCUUUGAAACACCCGGACUCCUGGAGAGCAUAUCCAUUCUACUGGGCAUGGCUGCCUCAGGCCAAAAUCCCCUUCUCACAGGAGAUCAAGGACCUGAUUCUUCCCAAGAUCUCAGACCCCAAUUUUGUCAAGGACCUAGAAGAAGAUCUGUAUGAGCUCUUCAAGAAAGACCCUGGCUUUGACAGGGGACAGUUUCACAAGCAGAUUGCUGUCAUGAGAGGCCAGAUCCUGAACCUAACUCAAGCACUGAAAGAUGGGAAGAGCCCCUUACACCUUGUUCAGAUGCCACCUGUGAUUGUGGAAACAGCACGUUCUCACCAGCGUGCCACCAGCGAGUCCUACACUCAGAGCUUCCAGAGCCGCAAACCUUUUUUCUCAUGGUGGUAGCUGUGGGAGCCCCGGGCGGGGCUUGGCCACCUCGGACUAGCACUGCGAGAGGAGCUGGGCUACCACAAGCUCCCGUGGCUGGGACUGAGCCUUCUGGGUAGAGCAAGCAGGUGCGGCUGGAGGAAUCUGCAGCCAGACUGGAGGUGCUAGGCAGGUUGGGCAUGGUCCCUCCCCAGCUCUGUCGGAGCUUGGUGCCCUGCCUGGGGCAGAGCUCGGGGUGAAGUGUGGGAAUCCAUUGGGAACCAUGAUGAGGCUGGGACCCUGCCCCUCUUCCUCAGCCUGCAUGCAGUUCUGAGCACCCCUUCUUGGGGCUGGGAUGAGCAGGCUGCCCAGGCCAGGAUCCGUCCAGUCCUUUACACAAGCCACUGGCCCUCUUCAUCCCCACCGUGCUGGCUGUCAGGAAGGCCUGUAGCAGGUUAUACUCCUUCCCUUUCCCCAAGGGUGUGCUGUAUUCCUCCAUUGCCUCUCCUCUGUCCCAGCCCUGUGCACGCUGCUUUCCUCAGGGGGAGUUCCUGUUGCCUGAUGGUGCAGCAGGGACCACAAUGAAUGGCUUGUUCUCUGGAUGGAGGUUCAAGGAGGGGACAUAUGAGGGACAACUCAUGGGGCUUGCUUGGGGGUAGUUAGACACUAAGGGGAAAGAGCUCAUCCUUUUGAAGAUUAAGCAGCUCUGGGAGGAGCUGUAGAUUAGUGCCCAUCUCGUGAGAGCCCCUCAAAAAAAUGGAGAGGGAUGAGGGUGGGUGUGAGCACCCUCUCCCCUUUUGCUGCCCCAAUCCAUCCCUCCUGCCAGGUCUCCAUGGCUGCCCUUGCUUGGCUUUUCCCCCUGCUCCCAGCAAGCUCCUUGGCUGCUGUGCAGCCAGUGUGGUGCCAGCCCUGUCUGUGCCUCGAGGGGUAGGGGUCUGCUGGAGAAGGGCUGCAGGGGCUCUUCAGCUGCAUGGGUGGGAGGCAUGAUGGGAGCACAGGGGGAGCCAGCAUGGGCUCCUGGCUGCCUUGGUGCUGACAAUCUUGCAGGCCUGUGGUGAGUGGGCAAGGCAGCAAGCUUCUCUCUCCUCAGAAGCUGCUGAGCUUGUGUUGUAUGAAACGGUUCUAAGGCUGCUGCCUGCAUCUGCUUGCCUUGAGCUGUGGCUUCUCCUGCUGUGGGGGAAAGCUGAUGAUGGGUCUUCCUUUACUGUUAGCCCAUCUUUGGGGAUGGGGGAGGAACAAAAGUGGGCUGGGGCUCUGCUACUUGGGCCUGGGAGGGUAGAACAGCUCCCUAGUUUCCUGUAUGGGGAGGGGGCUCUGCACUGGCUGUGAAAGCACAGGGGAAGGCAGCAGCAAGACUCCAGCUCCCUAUCCAGGCCCAGCUGCAUCUGACUGACCCAAAAUGUAUUGUUCUAAUGCACUGUAGAAAUGUAUGUAAUGUAUUUAAACCAUGCAACCAUCUGAAUAA